AUGGUCCUUGUUCUCGGGCCCGAGGCCAUCGCCGAGCUGGUCUUCACCCGCGCGGACGACUUUGCGCAUUCGGCGAAUAUGAAGCUCCUCGCCGAGGCGGGACUGGGGUAUGCGGGGUUGAUGGGAAUGAGGGGUCAUGAGCACAAGCGCCUCCGAAAGCUCUUCGCGCCUGUAUUCAGUCCGGCGACGUUAUCCAAGAUAGGCAACCCCCUCUGGGACUCUUGUCAGCGACUGCUAGAUAGACUUUAUGAUCCACAGGGGCAUGAAGCAGCGGCGGUAAACAUAUCUCAGUGGUCAUCGGUCUCCGUCCUCGAGCUCUCAGGCAUCGGUGUCUUUGGACAGGAUCCUGGAUGGUUAGCCCGGUAUUCUAAGCUUCGAGACACCUUAGAGCGACGCGUGGCCACUGGACAUAUCCAGAAGAUGGUACUUGCUAUCUUCCCGCGGUCCAUUCGCUCGUUGCUAAUGCUGACGCUAUUCGGGAGGCGAGAGCUGGCGGAUCUACGGUACAUACGCGAUGUCGCGUUGGAUCUGGCAAGGAUCGAGAAAGAAAAGCAGUUCGCAAGCAAUAUGCAAAAGGAGGGCCUCACAGAGGACGUGGGUAACUCUGGUCGUCCGUAUCCGCAUAAUAUUAUCUCCGUCUUGCUGGACGAUGGCGAAGAUGGCGACAAUGAGCAUGAUGAUGUUGCAUGUAAAUCCAGAGAUGAAUAUAACGAAGUACUUAUCGGCCACAUUCUCAUAUUCCUGGUCGGUGCCUCGGAGACUACGUCGGCGAGUUUCCAGUGGAUGAUCCUUGAGCUCUGCAGACACCCAGAGGUGCAGACACGCCUGCGCGAAGAAGUCGAAUCGCACUGGUCAUCACUCUUGUCGUCCACAUCAUCAUCAUCAGUAUUCCACCAGCUCAAAGCCCUGCCGUAUCUGCGCGCCGUCAUCGACGAAGUUCUCCGCCUCCAUCCAACUGUCAUCCUAACUGAACACGAAGCAACGCGUGAUACCAUGAUCUUAGAUACGCCCAUCCCAAAGGGGACGCUACUACUAUGCCCGCCUCUAGCUGCGAAUUCGAACCCCCGAGUUUGGGGCGAGGUCGCGGCGCUUUUUAAUCCCGAUCGGUGGUUGCUGUCGGAGAGGCCGAUCAACAGCCGACAGUAUCCUUGUGCCAACAUGACGUUCUCUCACGGCCCGCGCGCCUGUCCUGGCCGGUCCAUCUCACGGUUGGUGUUGGCCUGCUUGACCGCUGGGUGUGUGCAUCAGUAUGAGGUUUCGCUGGACAACCCAGAACAGUCAUAUGUGCCGGUAGAAUCGGUCUAUGCAAAGCCAGCUCCUGAUUUGAUUGUUCGAUUUACGAGAAGGCGGCCAGUGCCUUGA